AUGAAUAUCACUCAUUUUUCCAGAAUUUGGAUAGAAGUGGAUACAAUCAGUUCAGAAGAUGUGUUAUAUCUCAAAGAACAUCUUCUACUAUCGACCACUUUCCGAAGAUUUCUUAUUUAUUUCAAAAACACGACAAUUGACUACGAAACUCUUCACGGACUCAUUGGGCCGCCGCAUCGAAUCUUCAGCGAUGAUGAUCGUAUCUGGUUUUUCCAAAUGGAAAAAAUGUCCCAGAAUUAUCCAAGAAUGACAUCGAGUCCAAUAACGUCAAUGGGAAUAUUUUAUACUGAGCAAGCAUUGAAAUGUGAAUUAUACUUCGAUGAUCCCUGUGGAAAACAGAGUUUCGAGUAUAAGGAAACAAGGAACGAUCAUUUGAAAAUCUUCGUUGAAUACCCGGAAGAAAUAAUCAAUAAUCAAACAGGUCUUGUCAAUUCCCUCAAAAUCAAGUACAGUGGUCUUGAGGAAAACUAUAAAAAGGAAAAGUUGGACCCAGUGAUUCACCAGAUAUUCAAGUGUCUGGAAUCGAGAAAAGAACUUCUUCAAGUCAAAAGACUAUCGAUCGAUGCAGUUGAUAUGAGUCAGGCAAUGAGAGUCGUCAAGUUAUUGGAUCCAUUGGUUUUGAAGAAAGUCGAAUUUUGUUUUGAAAAUAGAGAUGAGGAAAUCGAUAUAGAGGAUGCUCUGGCUUUGGUAAAAUGGAAUGAAGGGCAACGGAUGAAAUUGGUUUUCAAGUUGCACACAAUUCGCCCAGAAUAUUUGGAAUCUGUGAAAAAGUUUCUUCUACAUCUACCGACUUUCACUGAGAUCUUCGUUUAUUAUAAACAAUGUGUCAAUGAUAAUGCGAUUUUGGGAACAAUUAUGGAUAUUCCAAUGCAACAUGAAACUCCCGGUUCGAAGGAGAAGUUCUUUCAGUUCCGACUGUCACAUAGCCUAUUGUUGUCUGAUAAGUAUCAUGUUUAUUUCUUAAGUGAUACUCAUCCGAGUGCAUAUAUUAAAAUUGGGUGCAGAAGAAAAAGAAGCUUGUUAUACGGGAAACACGAAACUUCUGGGGACAUAAAUGUACUGUGUCAGAAGGCACAAGAUCAAGUUUUGCAUGAUUUCGAGGUCAACUUGGGUCGUCAGAAUACGUGUUUAGAAGAGUUGAACUUCAUAUUCUCGUAUAUUCACACUCUUCGAAAGGAGGAACCAAGCAUUGAAACAUUCGGGAGUCUCAAUCAACUUACCAUUCAAUUUUUGUGGAAACUUAGAGAAAUUCUAUCAAGAAGAAGUCAGUUACUAAAAGUGAAAGUACUGGAAGUAUUAUGUUGUACCGACGACAAUUUGAUGCAAAUCCUCCCGUAUCUUGAUCCCAAUUGCUUGAAAACAAUCAAACUAAUUGAUCCGAGAGCGGAAUAUGAAAGACUCGGUAAUAAUUAUCCAGAGUCCAUGUUGAAACCGUUUGUACUGGACGAGAUAUGUCAGUUGGAGCAGUGGAAGAGCGUGACGGAACUGGAGAUUCGAUCACAGCCAAUAUCCACUUCAAUUCAAGAAAUGAAUAUCACUCACUUCUCAAAAAUAUAUAUGCAAGUGGAAACAAUUAGUUCAGAAGAUGUGUUAUAUCUUAAAGAUCAUCUUCUACUAUCGACCACUUUCCAAAGAUUCAUUAUUCCCUUCAAAAACAAGGCGAUUGACUACGAAACUCUUGUUGGAAUAAUGGGGCCACCGCAUCGAAUCUAUGGAGAUAAUGAUCGUAUUAUCUGGUUUUUUCAAAUGGAAGUGAAUCAUCAAUUUUUGGAAGUUAAACACAACUGGCUGUGGUUUUAA